AUGCCUCGCAUUAAGACCGUGCAAUCGAAGGUUACAAAGUCGCCUCGUCGUCCAUUUGAGAAGGAGCGCUUAAAUCAGGAACUGAAACUCAUUGGCGAGUUCGGUCUGAAGAACAAGCGUGAGGUUUGGCGAGUGAAGUACACUUUAGCCAAGGUCCGAAAAGCUGCUAGAGAGCUGCUCACGCUAGAAGAGAAGGAUCCUAAGCGAUUGUUCGAAGGAAACGCUCUACUUCGUCGUCUUGUUCGCAUUGGUGUUCUUCCUGAGGAUCGUAUGAAACUCGAUUAUAUCCUCGGUCUUCGUGUGGAGGAUUUUCUUGAGAGACGCUUACAGACUCAAGUUUUCAAGCUCGGAUUGGCAAAAUCCAUCCACCAUGCUCGUGUGCUCAUCCGACAUAGCCACAUUCGUGUACGCCGUCAAGUUGUCGAUGUACCUUCAUUUAUCGUUCGUCUAGACUCCCAGAAACAUAUCGACUUUUCUUUGAAAUCACCAUUCGGUGGCGGCCGUCCAGGAAGAGUGAGGAGGCGCAACAUGAAAAAAGCCGAGGGAGGUGAAGGAUCGGGAGAUGACGAGUGA